UCACACUGCAUUAGCUUUUUCCCGUGAAGAAGACGUUGCCGCGCCAGCCAAUUGUUUGUUUUGCCCCCCGCUCAUUUUCCCCCGCCCCGCGUGCCGUUGACCGUCGCGAACAAAGAGUGGAAAAUUUCCAAUUCAGCAGAAAAAUCCUUUGUUGUUUCCAAGUAUCUAGUGCAAGGAAAACCGAAAGAACUUCUGCGACUGCCAAGAAAAGAACGUCUUUUCUGGCCCCAAAUUCUGAUUGUUUCGGAUUUGAUUUUUUUUGGAUGGGUGUGAAGCGUAGUAUGCAAGAGAACUGCUGCAACAAGGACUGCCUGGGUCUCCGAAAGCGUGUCUGUGGUCUCCAUCAAACCUUCAAGUGGCUGCACCAGACCCCCGCUCUGCACGAGUACCUGAUCUCCGCCAGUUCGGUUGCUGCAAACACAGGCAAGGCGAGCGAGCCCAGAGCAACAACAGUCUAAAGUCCACCUAAGACCAAAGCAAUCAAACCAAACGAAUAUAAACCGACAAUAUUAGCUAAAGUAGAUAGUAAAUUCAAUCAAAAUUCAACCUAACCGCACAAAGAAAAACACAAACAGAAACAACAACAGAACAACAAA